AUGGUUAUGGAAAAUAAACAGAACAAUCAUCAACUGUUAUGCGAUAAAUACAUAAUAGAUAAAGAGAUAGGAAAGGGCUCUUUUGCCACUGUCUACAAAGGGACAUGUAUCAGUUAUAAUGAACAGCAUAAUGGUGAUGAUAAUGAUGAUAGGACUGAUACUAAUGGCGGUGGGAAUGAUUCUUUUGAAUCUGCUGUCGCUAUUAAAGCUGUCUCUAAGUCUAAACUUAAAAAUAAAAAAUUAUUGGAAAAUUUAGAAAUUGAAAUUGCAAUACUGAAAAAGAUUCAGCAUCCGCAUAUUGUAAGAUUGAUUGAUUGUCAGAGAACUUCAACAGAUUUUUAUUUAAUAAUGGAAUAUUGUUCAUUAGGUGAUUUAACUUUUUUGAUUAAGAAAAAAAAUGAACUUAUAAAGACACAUCCUAUAAUAAAAUUAAUCUUUAAGAAAUUUCCAUCUCCGAGUGAAAAACAUAAUGGAUUGAAUAGAAUAUUAAUUGUAAACUAUUUGCAACAAUUAUCUUCAUCACUAAAGUUUUUAAGGUCAAAAAAUUUGGUUCAUAGAGAUAUUAAACCGCAAAAUUUAUUAUUAUCAACACCACUUGUUGCGAUCGAUGAUAUUUUAAAACAUAAACAGCAAGAUGGAUUUGUUGGUCUUACAUCAUUACCAAUUUUAAAAAUUGCAGAUUUUGGUUUUGCAAGAUUUUUACCAAAUACAGCUCUCGCAGAAACACUAUGUGGUUCACCACUGUACAUGGCACCAGAAAUAUUAAAUUAUCAAAAAUAUAAUGCAAAAGCAGACUUAUGGUCUGUAGGUACCGUUUUAUAUGAAAUGUGUUGUGGUAGACCACCUUUUAAAGCUUCAAAUCAUUUAGAAUUAUACAAAAAAAUUAAAAAAGCAAAUGAUAUUAUUCAAUUCCCUAUCGAUGUGGAGAUUGAAGAUGAACUAAAAAACCUGAUAUGUUCGUUAUUAACCUUUGAUCCAGUAGACAGAUUGAAUUUUAAUGAAUUUUUUAAUAAUAAAUUAGUUAAUGAGGAUUUAUCAAUGUAUGAUUUAGACGAUAAAUCUUCAGUUGAUGGUUUGAAAAAAUCAAAAGAAAUAACUAAUAAUAAUCUAUUCAUAUCGGAAUAUAUUGAGAAUAAUCAAAAAAAAAUAAUGCCAAUUGAUAAAACAAAUUCAAGUGAAAAAAAGAAGAUAAUGAAUCCUCAAAUAAAUAAUUCAGAAAUAAUUUUAGAAAAAGAUUAUGUCGUGAUAGAAAAAAAAACAGUCGAAGUGAACGCGUUUGCUGACGAAGUAGCUGAUAAUAAUACGAAAUAUUUGACAAAACUACAAACUAAUAAGACAGGUCAUUCGCCUAAAAAUAUUACAUCAGCAGCAACAAAUAAUAUCAUGUUAAAUAAUCAAAUCUUACCACAAGCAAAUCAAAGGAGCCCGAGAAAUUCGAUACCAAAUACAACUACAAUCGCAACCGCAAACAAUUCACCACCAAAUCCAUUAACUAAUACUAAUAGUUCUCGUAGAGCCUCGCUGAUUGAACGUAGAAUUUCAAUUUCAUCAUUAAAUCCAUCAAAUGCUCUCUCAAAAGCAAUAGGCACUGCAUCAACAAAACUAUUUGGCUCGAAUACGAAUAACACCCUUUCAAACAAUGCACAUCAUAAAAAUACAGCUUUUUUAAAUCCACAAUUGUAUCAUGAUUUAACAGAGAAUAUAGUGUUAAGGGCAGAACAAUAUAAUUCUAAUAAUGGGUUAGUUAGUGAUACACUAAAGACAUCAGAUUUGAAUUCGAUUGUUCAUCAAAUAGAAUCAUUAUCAGCUAAGGCAUUCGUUGUCUAUUCAUACGCAGAGAUUAAAUAUUCGCAAGUCAUGCCUGCAAGAUUAUCACUCAGUUCAAUGAGCUCGAAUUCAGAAAAAGUUACAAUACCCGAAACUAACGCUGAUAAUUCUUUUAAAAAUAAUAACACUAUUAAGCUGAAUGUUUCACCUAAUAGUCAUGAAUACAAAUAUGAAGAUAACGAUGAUAUGGCGGUUGACCUGAUUGAACAUACAAUAAAUAAGCAGAGUGCAGUAACUAAUAACUUAUCCACGAAUAUAGGAACUAGCGACGGUGUACAAAGACAUAAUAGUUUUACAUUCACAAAUGACCUAUCACAAAAGGAAAUACAAUUGCUCUCAACGGAAGCUAUAGUUUUGUAUAUGAAAGCUUUAUCCAUUUUGGCAGAAGCUAUGAGUAUCACCUCGAAGUGGUGGUAUGAAUCAAAUGAUAAAAACUGUUCUUUGAGAUUAAAUUUAUUGGUUCAAUGGAUAAGAGAUACGUUCAAUGAGAGUCUUGGAAAAGCCGAUUUUUUGAGAUUAAAAUUAUUACAAUUUACUGAACAUUCAAAUUCGAUUUCGGAUAACGAUGUCACAACCGAUAAUCAAAGUAAAAUAGAACACAAUGAAAAUUAUCUUGAUGACAAGAUAUAUUUAGAAAAGUUACUCUAUGACAGGGCAUUGGAUAUAUCAAAGACUGCUGCUAAAAUGGAAUUGCAAGGAGAAAAUCUAAGUAAUUGUGAAUUAGCUUAUGCCACUUCAAUCUGGAUGUUACAAGUGUUGCUAGAAGAAGGCGCUACUGGACCAGAAACUAAUAUCCCAGGUGAAGACAACUUCUCUAUGAAAUCAUCCUCAUUAACCAACUCGCAAGCACUCUUAGAUGAAAAGGAUAGAGAAAUUAUUAAAAAAUACAUUGAAAGUAUUGCAAAUAGAUUAAAAUCAUUAAGAAAUAAAAUGAACCAAAAUUAA